AUGAGGGGGGGGAGGAGAACGGGGAAAGCGACAAGAAGGGGAAGGGAAGAAGGGGAAGAAGGGGAAGAAGAAGAAGAAGAAGAAGAAGAAGAAGAAGAAGAAGAAGAAGAAGAAGAGAAGACCAUUCAGAUUCAUACUCAAAGCAGACCCAUACUGAAAUCCAAAUUCAAAUCUAAAUCUAAAUCUAAAACCGAGACCGAACCCGAACCCGAAGAUUGA